UGCGCCACCGGCAGAGGGAGCGCGAGGCCGUCGUGUUGUGCAAAACGGAGGAAACAGCUGUUUUUGAUCUGCUCGGUGGGCAGUGAGCUGGGCUGAAGGUUGGGUGCUCUCCCCCCGACCUGGGCUUUGAACUGCCAACCUUUCUAGAUGAACAUCUAUCCAACCAUGCAGCGGGAGCAAAGCCCACCGGUUUCCCUUAUUGACAGAACCAUUAAGAUGCGGAAAGAGACGGAGGAGAGGCGGGUGGUCUUGGCCUGGGGGCUCCUCAACCUCUCAGUCGCUGGCAUGAUUUACACCGAAAUGUCUGGAAAACUAAUCAGUUCAUAUUACAACAUUUCAUGCUGGCCGCUCUGGUAUAUUGAGCUGGCCUUUGCCUCCCUGUUCAGCCUCAAUGCCUUAUUUGAUUUCUGGCGAUACUUCAAGUACACCGUGGCCCCCACCAGCUUGGUGAUAAGUCCUGGGCAGCAGACCCUCCUGGGUUUACGAAAUGCAGUGGUGCAGACCACUCCGCCGCACCAGCUGACGCCCAAGAAGGCCCCGCCGUCCCCGCCGUCGCCUGCUGUCCAGGGGCAGAGUGUCCUGAGCUACAGCCCUUCCCGCUCCCCCAGCGCCAGCCCCAAGUUUGCCACCAGCUGCAUGCCUGGAUACAGCCCACAGCUCCAGGGCCUGUCCGGAGGCAGUACUAACUACGUCAACGCUCUGACUUACUCCCCAGGAAGCAGUUACGGCAAGGCCGUGCCUUUCAGCCCCUCGCCGGGCACUCCUCCCUCUUUCCCCACCAGCAUUGGGCCAAUGGACACCAGUGGGACCAGAUCGCGAUACCGCUCUUCGCCCACCGUCUACAGUUCCCCGGCCGGCAAGGAAGACUACAUGACGGACCUCAAGUCCCUGGACAGCUUCCUUCGGAGCGAGGAAGAGAAGCAGCACAGGGUGCAGCUGGGGAGCUCCGACUCCAGUUCCCCGUCCAGCAGCCCGAGCUUUUGGAGCUACAGCCGCUCCAUGGCCGACUGCGCGCAGAUGCUGCGGAAGUUCCAGUACCAGCCGGCCUGCCGCUCCCAGGCCCCUUCGGCCCACAAGGACGAGGCCGACCUCAGCUCCAAGCAGGCGGCAGAAGAGGUUUGGGCUCGAGUCUCCAUGAGCCGGCAGCUGCUUGACCACAUGGACACCUGGACGGCCAAAUUCCGCAACUGGAUUAAUGAGACAAUUUUAGUGCCUCUUGUGCAAGAGAUUGAGUCUGUGAGCACCCAGCUGCGAAGGAUGGGAUGCCCAGAGCUGCAGAUUGGAGAUGCCAGCAUCAGCAGCCUGAAGCAAGCCGCUCUGGUGAAAGCCCCUCUGAUCCCGACCUUGAAUACCAUCGUCCAGUAUCUGGACCUUACUCCCAACCAGGAAUAUUUGGUGGAAAGGAUCAAAGAGCUCUCUCAAGGCGGGUGCAUGAGUUCCUUCAGGUGGAAUCGAGGCGGAGACUUCAAAGCCCGCAAAUGGGAUACCGAUUUGCCAACGGAUUCAGCCAUCCUUAUGCACGUCUUCUGCACAUACCUGGAUGCCCGGCUGCCUCCUCACCCGAAAUACCCCGAUGGCAAAACGUUCACCUCUCAGCACUUCAUUCAGACACCUGAUAAACCAGACGUUUCCAAUGAGAACUUGUUCUGCAUCUACCAGAGCAGCGUCAACCCUCCCCAUUACGAGCUUGUUUACCAGCAGCAAGUCUACAAUCUGCCCAAGGGGAGAAACAACUUGUUCCACACUUUGCUCAUGUUCCUGUACAUCAUAAAGACCAAGGAGUCUGGGAUGCUGGGGCGUGUCAAUCUCGGAUUAUCUGGUGUGAACGUCCUGUGGAUUUUUGGCGACUAGAAUAUUUGGAAGUCUCUACAGAAGAACUCCUGUUGGACAGAGGAAUACAAACAUCUCCAUUGGAAAAAAAAAGAUAAUUUGGCAGCACAUUCCAAUCUGCUGCUUUGUCAGCAUGAUUUGGGAAUACAGCAAGAGUUCUUCAAAACAAAUAACGAAAUGCUGUUCUUGAAUGAAUAGGAAAUACUUUUUAAAUAUAGAAGCGGAAGCAUCCCGGUUUGCAAACAUCACGAAGAUCAAGGCGGAAAAGAUCCAUUAUUUCUGGAUUUAAGAGAAUGAGAGCUUUGGAUAUGAAAACAGCUACUGGACAGAAAUGGCUUCUUGCAGACAAAUAAUAAACUUUAUUAUGGGGAGAAAUGGGGAGAAAGAGGCCUUGAAUGGAAAAUGUUUUGCCCAGAGAUGCAAAAAUGAUUAUUACUGAACUGGAUUUAGAGCAUCCAAGAGGAGUGUGAACUCACUGCUUUAUUAGAACAGAAGAAAGUGCAUCUUGCAAGGCCCUUGGGGAUGGAAUAAACCAGGAAUAUCCAGGUUUUCCUGGUCGGAAAGGUAUGUGCCUUACAUCAAGCGCACCAAAGCAGCUUGGUGUGUUUUUAUGUUUUUAUAAACUGACAGUACUCUAGUUCUGCGGGUGUCAUUUCCUCUGCAAACACCGGGAAUGAGACUCUCAUGAAGAAAAUAAAUGCCGUUAUUUUUAGAGGAAGGGCUGCAGCCGCUCAACAGCAGGUUGGUCAGAGAAAAGAACGGAGCACCAACAAUGUGCAAAUACAGACAUAAAACGGCAUGUUUUAAUAUAUUAGAGGAUAUUUCUCAAUUUUUGGCCUCAAUUUUUGCAGAAUUUUUUCAAAAUCCUUGGAAGAGGCUUCCCUUUUGUUCCAGGCUGCAUUGCAAAUGAUAAAAAAAAGUUUGACUCCGUGACCUGAGCAGGUUGGCUGCUCCUCACCCCAAAAAUUAUAUGAUAACAAGAGAUGAUGCUGCCCAUUGAGUUAAUACUAUUAAAUAGAAGCAGCUGUAGCUAUUUUAAUUUAAAAAAAAAAAGUUUGGUAUAAGACAUUUUUCUGGAUGGAUGUCCAUUUCUCUAGGUAACCAGCAGAAUGAGUAUAGUCCACCAGUAAGGUUUCCUGGUCAAACUUAUAGAAAUCUGGAAAGUGCAUCUUUUAUAUUAGGAUCGAAAUCUGGAUAUUGAGUUAUAUAUAUUGGAAUCAAAAUCUGGAUAUUGAGUCCUAUACAUUAGUAUUGAAAUCUGGAUAUCAAGCUCUAUAUAUUGGGAUCAAAAUCUGGAUAUCACGUCCUAUAUAUUGGGAUCAAAACCUGGAUAUCGAGUCCUAUAUAUUGAAAUCAAAAUCUGAAUAUCGAGUCCUAUAUAUUGGGAUUGAAAUCUGAAUAUCGAGUCCUAUAUAUUGGGAUCGAAAUCUGAAUAUCGAGUCCUCUAUAUAGGGAUCGAAAUCUGAAUAUCGAGUCCUAUAUAUUGGGAUCGAAAUCUGAAUAUUGAGUCCUAUAUAUUGGGAUCGAAAUCUGGAUAUUGAGUCCUAUAUAUUGGGAUCAAAAUCUGAAUAUUGAGUCCUAUAUAUUGGGAUCGAAAUCUGGAUAUUGAGUCCUAUAUAUUGGGAUCAAAAUCUGAAUAUUGAGUCCUAUAUAUUGGGAUCAGAAUCUGAAUAUUGAGUCCUAUAUAUUGAAAUCAAAAUCUGAAUAUUGAGUCCUAUAUAUAUUUGGAUUGAAAUCUGGAUAUCGAGUCCUAUAUAUUGGGAUCAAAAUCUGUACAUUGAGUCCUUUAUAUUAGGACAGAAAUCGGAAUAUUGAGUCCUAUAUAUUGGGAUCGAAAUCUGGAUAUUAAGUCCUGAAGUUUGCUUUUGUUGCUCAUUGUCCUUUCUAUCCCAUCAGUGUGAGAGUGGCCUUUCCAUCCAUGCUGUCCUUUUGUCAGGGAAAACAAGACCUUUGCUGAUAACUUGGUGCUGUCAUUAAAUUGAUUAUUUUUUGGUAAAA